UGCCCCUCUCCUACCUGUACAGCCAGAUUUUCAGACAACACUGAGUACCUGCAAGCAACUCCCAAACUCUGUGUCAGCACCCACAAGCACCCAGAGGUGUCCCACGACAGCACAGAACCUGGUGACACCCUAUAUUGUCUACUGUCACCCUACCUGGGGAAACUAUAUAGGACCUGAUAUCUGCAGACUCUCCAGAGCUUCAGGUUCCAAGAAAGCCACCCAGAACCCAGAAGAACCAGCACUUCCCACCCAGACCAGCAUUAACCCAGCGGUAGCAGCAGCAGAGCCAUGAGUUCCUUGUUUAAGAAACGAAACAAAUACAGUCCCAAUACUCAACCACCACCACCACCACCAUCCAAAGUUGUCUCCAACAAGGAGCUGUCAGAGCUGAUCGAGAGGCUUCAGAAAAAUGCAGAUCAAGUGGAACGCAACGUGGUGGACACAGACACCAAACUGCAGGAGGACGCGGAUAAGCUUGCUGCCUCCAGACCACUAAGCUACAAGGAUUACACCACCAACACCAUCAAGGAAUCAGAGAAAAUUGUCGUGGUACUGGAGACAGAUGCUGUGCAGGCACGCCAGCUCAAGCACCCACAGGCCGACAUGAUUAGUGAGGACAUUCGCCAACUAAAGGAACGGAUUCAGGCCCAGAAAAAGAAGCACGACCACGUUUAUAACCAGAAGAUACCUAAGGGAGAAGUUCCAAGAUUCGACUGGGGCAAAUUGAUUGAUAGUAAUAUGGAUGAGCUGAACAACCAGGGGUUUGCAACAGAUUUGCCCAACCUGGAGAAACAGAUUGAAGAGCAUAACAUCUUCCACAAUGAGGUCAAGACCAUUGGGGAUCAAGUCAACAAGAAUAAUGACAAGGAAUACAUUAGUGGUCUGCAGGUGAAAUACCAAAAGCUUUUGUCUGCAUCCCAGAAGCGCCAGAGGGAUCUCAGUACCCUGCAGGAUUACAUGCAACGUUGCACCAAUGAACUGUACUGGCUGGAUCAGCAGGAGAAGGAACGCAUGGAGUAUGAUUGGAGCGAUCACAACAAGGACUACAUAAGCCGUCGGAGGCAAUACGAGAACUUCAUCCAGCAUAGUCUGGAGACAAAGGAGCAUGAAAUCAGCAAGCUUCAGGAAGAAGGCGACAAGCUCAUUGCAUCAGGACACCCUGGAAAAAUAUCAAUUGAGGCCCAUACAGAAGCAGUUCAUGCAGACUGGAAGGAGUAUUUGAACCUCCUGAUUUGUGAGGAGAGUCACCUGAAGUACAUGGAGGAUUAUCAUCAGUUCUACAGAGACGCAAAAGAUGCUCAGGAUCUGCUAAAGAAAGUUGACGGUGAUAUAGACCAUAAGUAUAACCCAGACUACAAGGACCGUUACCAGAUUGAAGCUCAGCUACGUGAGCUGGAGGAUCAGGACAAGGCUUUAGAUAAGUACGAGGAAGUCAUACAAUCUCUGCAAAAGCGCAGCCAGCAGGUGGUGCCACUAAAAUUCCGCAGGGAGACUCCAUUGAAACCAAUCCCAGUGGAAUCCUUGUGUGACUUCUACUCUGAAGAGGGUGAGAUUAGCCGUGGAGUGAGUUAUACUCUGAAGGCCAAUAGAGGGGAGAAAUGGGAGUUGACUGACAGCAAUGGAAAGAAAUUGGUUGCACCAUCAGUAUGCUUCACAAUCCCACCAACUGACCCUGAGGCUGUAGCACUUGGAGAAAGCAUGGUCAACCAAUACCGAGCAACAAAGCAAAAAUCAGUCGGAUCAAAAAAUGCAUUGCUGCAGCACUUAGAUGUGCAAAAGAAGGAAAGCAGUCAAGUCGCUGCAAAUGCCCAGGAUACUCAAGGGCGUCAACUGCUUGCUGGAUUGGACAAAGUCCAAAGUGAUUUGGAAAGGCAAGAGAAAGCCAUAAGCUCCCAACUGCGCCCACCUCUAGAGCAGAUCAGAGCCGUGCAGGACAGCUCAGAGAGGCUGAAGGAGCUCAAGAAUAUCUCAAACCAAGUACUGCGCAUUGAACCUGAAAAGGUCCAGAAGGUCCAAGAGUGUGAGGCAUUCCUGCAGAAAUCCCCUGAUGUCUCUUGCUCACCCAUCUUGAUGAGCAAAAUGGGAGAAACCAACAAGAAAUAUGAAAGGGUCAAUGAUCUUCUCUUAUCGGCUCAGGAGAAGAUAGACGGGUCCAAUCGCUUGGAAGGCAGCCUGCAGAAGGGCAGAGACCUUCUCUCCAGCUAUGAAACCAAACUUGCCCUAGACGACACAGUGCCAGAAGAUCCACAAGCCAUUGACAGGAAACUACAGGAGUUAUCGGCAACAAGCUCCGAGCUGCAGAAGAGCAGGGCGGUUUUUGCAGAGGCCGAACAGAACCUGUACAGCAGUCGUACAUGUUCCAACAACCUGGCCAACCGCUUUCAAGAGCACUGUCCUGACAUUGAUCGCCAAGAGGCUGAAGUGUCCAAACUCAACCAGCGUUACACCCAGUUGGACCAGCAGAUCCAGAACAGGUCUCAAAGCCUGCAGAAAGCCAAAGUCGCCUACUCCGGUUACCGCAACAACUAUGACCAUAUUGAUCAGUGGCUACUGAAUCUUCCCAACUAUGAGCCCAAGGACACAGACAGUGUCAAGCAAGUGGAGACCAAACUGAAAAACCAGAAACUUCUAGUGACUGAGAUUGCAGACAAAGAGCAGGACAUGCAGCACGUAUCAAGCAGCGCCCAGCAGUACCAACAAGCAGUGAAGGAUUAUGAGCUUGAAACUGAGAAGUUGAGGUCAAUUCUGGACACAGAAAACAGAAGGAACAGUUAUUCUAAAAGGCCUAAAAUCCAGUCACCAGGUGCCAAAGUGAAGGAACAGGAAGCUGAUUUGUCAGCAAGAUACACUGAAGCCAAUGCGGUGAACAAGCAGAGGUUACAGACACUGGAGUUUGCCCAAAGCCUUCUCCGGCAGCAACCGGAAGCAGAAAUACGUCAAGAGUCAGUUCAGAUGAUCCGUUCUGAGAAACCAGCUGAGGAGACCUGGAAAAUCAAAAAUAUGUUAGAUGAUGAAGUGCAGCGCCGGCAGCAGUUGGAAUCAGAGAUCAAAUCCACUCAAGAUGAGAUAAUCGUUUUACAGAACCAAAAACCUCAGGAGACCCUAGUGAAAAAGGAAAUGUUGAAGAAGGUACCAGAUCCACAGCUAGAAGAUGAAUAUCGCAAGGUUAUUGAGAGAGUCUCAGAAGAGCAGCGCUUAAACAAGUCUUUGCAAGAUGAGCUGGAAUCCCUGAAGUUGAAAGUCCGUGCACUGGAAUAUGAGCAAAGAGAAGGUGGUCAACAAUACAGAGUCAAGGAAGUCCUGAGGAUAGAAAAAGAUAAAGCACAGCAGGAAGAAUGCUUGAGACUCAAUGAAGAGUUGGAAUGGCUGAAGAGGCAAAAAGGGGCCAAACAGAGUGAGAUAACAAGCUUAGAGGAACGUAAACUUAUCUUGUCAGAACAAAAAAAUAAACAGCAGGAGAAAAUCACAGAGAAAGAGGUUGUCAAAAUGCAGAGUGACCCACAACUGGCUUUGGAAUAUAAACGUCUUCAGGAGAAUAAACAAAAGGAAAGUGCUCAAAGGCAGAAGGAGGAAGAAGAGCUGAUGCUCCUGCAGGAGAAGUUAAAACGCCUAGAGAAAGAGAGAGCUAUGGCUGAGGGCAAGAUCACAGUAAAAGAAGUGCUAAAAGUUGAGAAAGAUCUGGCCACUGAGAGGGAGGUGGCUGACCUUCGUAGACAGUAUGACGAAGAGACUUCCAAGACACGAACUGCCCAGAGGGAAAAGAAUGAGUUCAUUCGAAAGAUAAAUAAUUUAGAAGAAGAGAAUGCAAAAGUUGUGGUUCAGGAGAAAGUACGUGAGAUUGUUCGCCCAGACCCAAAAGCUGAAAGUGAACUGGCCAACCUUCGCCUGGAGGUGAUAGAGCAAGAGAGAAAAUACAGAGCAACCGAAGAGCAACUGAAAAGUGUGCAGAGCGAACUGACAGUCUUACAAAAGCGUGGUCCACAAGUAGAGACAAAAGAAAUCAUCAAGGAAGUCAUUACGCACAAGACAGACCCUGAGGUUUUGUCAGAACUGGAGAAACUCCGUGGUGAGAUCUUUAGCAAGACACGAAUCAUAGAGCGUUCGGAGCUAGAGAUCACACAGCUAAAUCAGGAGAUUCAAAGCUGGAAAGAUACAAAGCCACAAGUUCAGAUCAAGGAGGUUAUUCAAGAGGUCCUUCAGUACCGUGAAGACCCAACCACAAAGAAAGAAGUAGAGACAUUGAGAGAAAAGCUGGCUGAGGAACAGAAGAAAUGCUUGGAACUAGAAAAGGAGAGACUUUCUCAAGAGGACAAAAUAAGAAAGAAAGAAAUGGAACUUUCACAAGUGAAAGAAAAGGUGGUUCAACAAGAGGUGGUGAAGCUUGAAGAGGAUCCUACUCUGAAGGCAGAAGUUAACAGUUUCUCCAAAACCAUUGAGACUGAGCUGAAGCAAAAGGACUCUCUGCAGGAGGAACUACGCAAGCUGCAGUGGCGGAAAUCAGAGCUGGAACGUCAGUUUGAGGAGCUAGAAAAGGAGAGGCAGGCUAGGCGAGAGGCAGAGCUUGAGAUAAAUAAACUGAAAUACAAGUUGACUGAACUGGAACAGAGAGAAAUAGAGACCAAAGAGAAAGUUACAUUGCAACAGAAAGUUGUCAUGCAACAAGACCCACAACAAGAAAAGGAGCAUAACCUCCUGAAGCUCCAAAUGGAAGAAGAAAAGCACAAGCGGCACAUGAGGGAGGGUGAACUAGAAGCAUUGCAGAAAAAACUCAUCUCAUUAGAGAAGAUGGAGCUAAAGGAAAAGGUUGUUUUUACAGAGAAAAUAGAGGUAGAAAAAGAUCCUGAAACAGAGCAAGAGAUACAGAGGCUGAAAAUCAGCUUGGAGGAAGAGAGUAAAUCCAAGAGAGAGCUGGACUCGGAGGUAAGCCGUCUUCAAACACGCCUUUCGGAAAUUGAAUUCAACAACUCUAAGGCCAACAAAGAGCUUGAAUACCUAAGGGAUGAGGUGCAUAAGCUACAGAUGGAAAAACAAAAUCUGCAGCUGGAGACCCGCCACCUGCAUUCGGAAAUUCAGAUUACCAUGAAGGAAGCUCAAGAUAUCCGAAACAUGACUCAAGUUGACAGCAAUGUGAACCUGGAUUCCCGCCUCAAUGCUCUGGAAAAAGAGCUGAAAGAACUCCAAAAGAUCUCCAAAGACAAAGAUGCUGAGAUCGAGCAACUGCAAAAGCGCCUGGAAAGCAUGACAAUCAAGAAGGAACAGAGGGAGAACCACCUCCGCCGUUCCAUUGUCGUCAUUGACCCCGACACAGGUAGAGAGAUGUCCCCUGAGGAAGCCCGUAGACUGGGUCUCAUCGACUGGAAUAUGUUUGUCAACCUUCAGAACCAAGAGUGCGACUGGGAAGAAACGACCAUCAAGGGGCCCAAUGGAGAGUCUUCUGUGAUUAUUGAUAGAAAAUCUGGCAGGAAGUUCGACAUUGAAGAGGCCCUGAGACUGCGACGCAUCACCAGACGCCAGUACGACUGUUACCUCAACAAGGAAAUGUCCAUCCAGGAAUUUGCCGCCCUGGUCUCUGGGAGGCUGUAGGAGAAAAUAAUCGGCUGCACCAUAUUACUACACCCAUUAAGGGUAUGUUACGGACAUUGAAUAGAUACAACUGCCCCAUGUUUUCCUGUUGCCUUCACCAGUAGCAGAUCUUCCUUUUCUUGUACUUUCAUUUCUUUUAUAGUUUAUAGAAAGAAUAUAUUUUCUGGUGACCUUCUGCCGGUGUCCUGUCGAUGACAGCCAUUCAAACAGCCAGCCAGGGGGAAGUAACCAUAAGUGUUCCCCAUAAUUCUAGCACAUUAUUUGUGUAGAUAUCAAGCCAGAGCUCUUUAUGGAACAUGCACUAAACAGAAUAAACAGGGUGACUGUAAAAACCAGAUGCAAAACCCCAAAUAUUGUAUUGGUGCUUAUCACCCCCAUGUAAUAUAGAGAAAGGAUAGUGGUUGCUUUAGGUAAGCCCAGUUCUGUCUCCUGUCACUUUUCCCAGCCAAUGACGUGCCUUACUAACCCAAAUCCUGUCCUUGUGUGAAACUGAGGUGCCAUUGCACCCCUCUUUCUGUAUAUCUUAUUCCAUGGUGAGAUUGGAGAAAUAUUGAAAUGUAUUUUAUUUAUGUAAUGCUAAUAAAGAUGUGGUGGUUCUGAA